AUGAGGUUAAACUUAUUCGUCAUUUUGACAAUCUUGAUUUCCGCUUUUUCGAUUGCUGAAAGUGGAUCUGAGGUUAGGAACCUGGCAAGUCGAACCAGCUUAAGAACACGAGGUCGAGAUAUCCGAGUGGAAGCAAGGAGAUUAGCUCAGAAGGAAAAACAAGUUAAAGAGCUCGAUCAAAUGGCCAAAGCAAAUCAAAGACAAGGUUUUCAUGAUGUUGCCGAAAAGCAUGUGAAAGCUAAAGCCGAAAUUGAAAAAAGUGCAAAGUUAAAUCAGGACAACCUUUCAGUCUUAAGUAAGAAACAGCAGCCUUCAAAGAUGACUAGAACUUCAAGUGGCAAACAAAGAAUCGUUCCUGCUAUCCGUUUGAAGCAAGGACCAUGA